CCGGGCUGGGCCGCUCUCCAGGGCGUCUGUAAACACAGCGAGAGACUGUCAUGGAGGGGGAGGAGGAGGCGGCGGCGGCGGCGAAGGGAGGCGUUCUGGGCCGCCUCCAGGGUCCACUCUGCCAUUCUUGAACUGGUCCCUCGUCCCCGUGACUGUGGCAUCAAGGAAGCGAACUGUUAGGCGAGAGGAGGCAGUCAGAACCAUAUCCCCUUCUUCCCCUGGGGCGGGGCCGGGCCGGGCCAGGCCGGCUGAGCCGGGGGAGGGCCGGGGGAGGGAGCGCCCGGCCGGGCCGGCCUGUCUGCCGAGAUGGAUGACAGUAAGGUGGUUGGAGGCAAAGUGAAGAAACCGGGCAAACGUGGCCGGAAGCCAGCCAAAAUCGACUUGAAAGCAAAGCUUGAGAGGAGCCGGCAGAGUGCAAGAGAGUGCCGGGCCAGAAAAAAACUGAGAUAUCAGUAUUUGGAAGAGUUGGUGUCCAGUCGGGAAAGAGCCAUUUGUGCCCUCAGAGAGGAACUGGAAAUGUACAAGCAGUGGUGCAUGGCAAUGGACCAAGGAAAAAUCCCUUCUGAAAUAAAGGCCCUACUCACUGGAGAAGAGCAGAACAAAUCGCAGCAGAACUCAGGCAGGCACGUGAAAGCUGGGAAGACAGACGCUGACAGCAAUUCCUGGUGAAGAUCAUAUAAAAUGAUGAGUCAGUGAUUGAAACCAAUAUUCUGAUUCCUAUGGAGGGUGAAUGGGCAGGAUUGUACUUCUUGGCUCCAUUUACUACCUGCUGCUCAGUAGUCAUCUCUGUAAAUCUGCAGUUUCUACCAAAGUGUGUGAUCAUAGAUCUCAAAGGAUUUCGCUUUAAUUUUCAACACAUAGAAAAUUUACAAACAUUCAGACCUGUUCUGGUUGGUAUUGCCACCCAUGGCAUUUAACAUGUUGCAAUGCUUGAAAGCACAGGAGUAGAGAGAAUGGGUGAAGACUGUAUUUUUGCACCUCAACUCCACAUUGCUUAAUUGGUUAAUUUAUAUUCUUUCCAUGUAAUUCACGUAAUUGUAUGUGUACGUGUGUUUAGAUGUCACUUCCUUUCAUGGUUUUGAUUGCCCUACAGAGAGAAACCAAAUGGGCUUACUGACUGUAAGUUCUCAGCCUUUAUGGACCUAAUCUUAUUUCCUUACAUUUACUUGAGUCAUGUUUAUUUUCUGCACGAACCAUAAUUUCUCCUGUGAGCCAUUCCAGCAUAAGCUGUGAAUAUGUAUUAACAAAUAGAAACAUUUCUAUUUUUAUAAUCCAUAGUGAUAUGCCUGUUUCAAAAGAUAUACACAUUAACAAAAUCCAUCAAGAAAGCCCUUAAGACAGCUUCUGUUUAAAAGUUAUGUUGCUGUUUUCUCAAACUGUAUUGAUAAAGUUUGCUAGGGCCUAAUCCAUACUUAGAGAAUAAUUAGUCAAGUUUUAUUUUUAAACAAGAGGUAACCUGCUAGGCAUUUCAGCAGCAUAUAUCAUUUUAACAACCCAGAGUAUAUAUGUGUGUAUGUGUUUCUGUUAUGUAUUCUUAUAUGUAUAUGGGAAGGGCAGGAGUGAAUGUUCACACACAUUUUGUUGUGUAGUCAACUAACGUGGAGAAUUUUUCUAAAGAAAAUGGGGUAAAAUUAGCUGCUGAUUUGGAGUUUCUGCCUCAAGAUCUAGAGCAAAAUGAGGGACAAAUUGUUGGUAGAUCUAAGGCAGUAGCCAUAACCAGAAUACUUAGUUUCUUCCCUGACUAGAGUUUCCUUAUGAAUGUGUUCUGAGCCAGAAAGAAACACACCGUGGGUGUGCGUCCGGUUCAGCCCUGGCUGUGCCUCCACUCUGGAGUGAAGCAAUGGGAGCCAGAGUCGUACACAGCACAGCUGCCAGUGGGCCUGGAGGAGGUCCCCAGGGCGGAGGCGUUCUUUCCGGUUCCCAUCACGGCUACCUUUACUUUCUUCCUGGCCACCACAUGGAGUGAUGGCUGAGGAAUCACGCUCAUAAUAUGCUACACUCAGAUCUGGGAAUCUUUCAGUUUCCCCAUUGAAACACUUUAUCACUCUUCUCUUUCCCAUGUUAAAUCAGGAGUUGUGUUCUUUGUUGCUGCUAACUUAAUAUUUGUUCAUUGCUCUAAUGAAGCAAACAUUUAGCUUCCAAACAAAAUGUGUUUUGUUAUGAAAUAGCAGUUGAAGAGGAGGCAUUGUAGUCUAGAUUGUGAGGUGGAACAUGAGAUGGACCACGUAGUUUCAGAUGACAAGGUACUUCCCCCCUUCUCCUAGUUCAAAUUCAUGCAUUUGAAUUAAGUGCCUCCCCUUAGCCUGAGGUCCUAAACAUCCUUGUGCUUUGGUUGCACUCAGAUCGCUAGUCUAGUCCUGUGUGACAGCUGGUAUACCACUAGCCCAGUCUGCUGGGUCUCUGUGUUUUGGAGGACUGGGGGGUUUAUGAGUAUUUAAUGUCUUCUUAGGAUCACAAAUAUAGAUAGAUUAAAGACUGUUAAUAUUCAGGCCUUCAGAAUUUAAGUGUUUUAAAUAUAGCGUUCAGAUUAUAAUGGGUAUGUUUUUGCCAUCUGGUCUAUUCAAAUGUAUAUUUUUAUUUUGCAAAACAACCCAAGACUUACUGUAUGUUGCUUUGUUCAGUACCUUUUGAUUCCCCAGAAGAGUUGUUUUCAAAGCAAACAUUCCAAAUGAAUGUGGCUCUUCAAUGGAAUGUCCCCAAUUGUGCUUGAGGUGUUUCUUCUCUGGUUGUGACCUUAAAUUACAGGCUCAUUUGAGCUACUCCCCUCUCCCUAGUAUCUUUGCAAGAGCAAUGACUUUGUCCUCAGGUAGAGGAUAUGUAAUUAGAGGUGAAAGUAAAUUACAAUCUGAGUUUAUUCCUAAACCUAUCUAUUUGGUAUUCUGGAGAUCAAACCAAGAGCAAGUUCCUUGGUUUUAAAAAGGAAUGUUCUGAUUGUUUGGGGUAUUGUGCUGGCUGCACGCUUUGGGCACUUCAAGCAUGCUAAUAAAUGUCACUGGUUAAAACAGCUAGAGCAUUUCUUUCCCCCAUUCCAGUUAGAGAGCAGCAUAUUGAAAUCCUCGCAUCUCUCACCUAUGUAACAACAGCGUUCAGGCUGAGAGAGAAGAGAAGCGGGUGGGAGAGGCAGGGAGCUGACUCCCUCUGGAUCUGUUCUGCUGUUCUCCUUGCUCUCUGAGUAGACUGAGUAAUGUUUCCUUUUUCUUUUUCCCAAAGGAAGGUAAGGGGGGGGGGGGAAAUACAUUUAUGUAUUUAAACCAGUCAUAUUCUGUCAUUAAUUUAGCAUGGACCUGCCGUAUAUUAGAGCUGAGUAUAAUAUGGAAUAAGUUUGACCAGGUCAAGUUUUAGGAUAUAGUUGAAGUUCUUAAAUAUUUUUUUUCUAUUUUAUCUAAAAUCUAAUGUAUCUAAAUCAGAAUCUGUCUUGCUGCAGCAAAUUUAUAUCACUGUCUACCAGCUAACUGACAGUAUUUAUCAGCAUCACCAUUUAGCAUUUUAUUAUAUCAUCUUUGAACUGUAAUAGGCUUGAUUUGGCUCAUUAUAAAAAGUAUAGGUUUAAACCGGAUUUAACUUUAGUUAAAAUAAAAGCUAAUAAAAUUGAAAAACAUAACUGCUGUAUUUCACAAGAAAUCAGUUGUGUAUUAUCAAUUACAUUUUUAGUUUUAAAAGAGAGGAAAAUUACUACAAAACCACAUGGUAUUUGGGGGCAUUGACGGAGUUUUUCUUUCUCUGAAGAGCAUUGUACAAUUAUAUUUUUAUGGAAAAUAAAAUGGCUUCACCAGA